CUCUCUACACAUGAAGUAAUGGUGAAAUACACGGUGACAGUAACUACUGGAGAUAAGGUGUGGCAUGGCACAUUUGACCACAUCUUCAUCACCCUCUAUGGAACGGAGGGAAAGAGUGAGCGCAAGAAACUCAAUGAAUCACCGGAGAUGAGCAAUGGUGUGGAAAAGGAGUACACUGUGGAGUGCCCUGCCAAGCUGGGGAAGGUGAUCCUGAUUAGCUUGGACAAGGAGCAGUAUCUCUUUUUGCCAGAUCAAGACUGGUACUGUCUAACGGUGAAAGUGCAGACGCCCGAAAACGAAACACUACAUUUCCCAUGCUACUCAUGGGUCAAGGAAAGACAACUCUUACAGGUUCGAGAAGGGAAAGCAAUAACUUUGAAGAAUGAAAUUCCUGCCCUUAUGGAACACCGACUAAAAGAGCUAGAGCUUCGAAAACAACAAUUUGAGUGGAAAGAGCUGAUGGAGGGUCUCCCCCACUGCUUGGCAUUAGAGGACCCGAAGGCGCUCCCUGCUGAGUUCCGCUACUCCCUUGACAAGCGUCUGGACUUGGAGUUCACCACUAGGAUCACGAUGGCUGAACUCAAGAUGAAAUUCCUGGCCACCAGCAAGAAGCCGUGGGGCAAGCUGGAUGAUAUAAAACAGGUCUUCUGGACCUACAAGACUCAAAUAUUUGACUAUGUGACCCAGCACUGGAAAGAGGACGAGUUCUUUGGGUACCAGCUUCUCAAUGGUGCCAAUCCCAUGAUGAUCCAACGCUGCAAGGUGCUUCCACAAAAGUUUGCAGUCACUGAGGCGAUGGUGUAUCCCUUUUUAGAAGGAAGUAUGCUGCCAGUGGAAAUACAGAGUGGCAAUAUCUUCCUGUGUGACUAUUCCCGACUGGCUGAGGUGCCCCCAAAUGUCAUCAACAUGCGACUUCAGUACGUCCCAGCACCCUUCUGCCUGCUGUUCAAAAAUAAGCUGAACAGGCUGUUACCUAUCGCCAUCCAGCUCCAGCAGGAGCCUGGUGAAAAAAACCCGGUGUUCCUGCCCAAUGAUGAAGAGGCCUGGCUACUGGCCAAGACGCAUGUUCGGGCUGCUGACUUCAUCGAGCACCAGUUCAACUUCCAUUUGCUACGCACACACCUUCUGGCAGAGGCCUACAUCCUCGCAACGCUCCGUAAUCUGCCCUCAGCUCACCCCAUCUACAAGCUGCUGAUUCCACACAUGCGUUUCACACUCUAUGCCAACACUCUUGGCCGAGAGAAACUAAUCUCUGAGAAGGGAGCCAUCAGUAUGUACACAUCCACAGGUAGCACUGGCAUGGUGGAGGUGAUGAGGAGAGCCAUGCAUGCUUUGAAGUACAGCUCCCUCUGUCUGCCAGACGACAUCAGUGAGCGCGGCCUGGACAAGGUGCCCAAGUACUACUACCGAGAUGAUGGUCUGCUGGUGUGGGGUGCCCUCAGCAAGUAUGUGGAGGCCGUUAUAGCUGUGUUCUACCCUUCUGACAUGGACGUUCUAGUAGAUGAGGAACUGCAGCACUGGAUCUCAGACAUCUACAAACAUGGCUUCCUGGAGAAGGCCAGCACUGGAAUCCCCAAUUCCUUCAAAUCAACCAAAGAGGUCACCAAGUUUAUCACUAUGGUGAUCUUUACCAUGACGGCACAACACUCUGCUCUGAACAAUGGAAAUUUUCAUUUUGGGGGCUGGCUCCCCAACAGUCCAAACUCACUACAAUCUGAAGCGCCACAAAGCAAAGAUGAAGCCGACCUCCUGAACACGCUCCCCGACAUCAACACCUCUGUCUGGGGCAUGGCUGGUGCCUGGAUCACCAGCAAGAAAGGUGGAGACUUUGUGUCUCUGGGCCAACACUCUGAGAAGUACUUCUCUGAGCCGGAGGUGCUCUCCCUGACUGACAAACUGAAGGAGGAGCUGAAGGAGAUCAGUGAGAAGAUAAAGGAGAGAAACAAAGAGAAAAUGCGGCCCUACACCUACCUGGACCCAAAGAAGAUGCGGCAACACUCUGAGAAGUACUUCUCUGAGCCGGAGGAGUUUUCCCUCAAACUGAAGGAGGAGCUGAAGGAGAACAAUGGGAAGAAAGAAAGAGAUAAAGAAGAAGAGAGAAACAAAGAAAUAAAGCUGCCCUACACUUACAUGGACCCAGAGAAUAUAGAAAACAGCAUUACUAUUUAACAGACACACACACACACACAGUCUGCAUAAUCUUUGUAGCCAUCGUUACAAUGUA